AUGAAGCAACCUUUCGAUGAGAUGGCGAAGGGGGUGCCGAAGGCUGAUGCGCCCACAGAGGCUGCUGCGCCGAAGCAGGAAGAACAGGCUUUGCCCAAGCUCAGUCCACAAGAGUUUAGGAUGUAUAACAGGAUGUCGGAGCAUAUGGAUAUGUUUCAUGAGCACUUCAGGCAUACCUGGAACACCCUCUACGGUGCCUGCACAUCUGGUAAACGACCAGCGGGAAUGUCCAUCCGCACCUUUCUAUCCGAAGGCGAACAGUUUUGUCAACAAUUGACGUUCCACCACAAUAUCGAAGAGCAGCAUAUCUUCCCGAUACUCGCCCGCAAGAUGCCUGCGUUCAAGAAGGAAUUGCAGCUACUGACACAGCACAAGGAGAUUCACAUAGGGCUGGAUAAGCUCGAGGAGUAUCUCGGGAAGUGCAGGAGUGGUGAGAAGGAGUUGAGACUGGAUGAGAUGAAAACGGUCAUGGACUCUUUUGGUACCGUGCUGUGGCAGCAUUUGGACGAGGAGGUGCAUGAGCUGAGGGCCGAGAAUAUGAGGAAGUACUGGACGCCGGAGGAGAUGAGGAGGAUACCUAUCUAG